GCACGCAGCCCGCGGGAGCAGGAGCGCAGAGGACGAACGGCGAGCGCGGCGGCGGGGAGGGGGUGACAGGGGAGACCAGGCGUGGUAAUGGAGUGUGGAGUAUCCGCGAUGUGUGGCCUUUGAGGAAGGCUGACACGGCCGAAGGGAGUGUUCACCGCCGGGACAUCCAGUUCCCCGCCUGGAGAAGAGAAAUCAGCGGCCGUUGGGCUUGGGCCUAACCCUCCCCCGUGCUCCGAGGCUGCUCCCGGCAGACCGGGCCACACUCUGCUCCUGGUCGGGCCCAACCGCCACCAGGCCUGGCGGCAAAGAUGAGGAAGGACGUGCGGAUUCUGCUGGUGGGAGAACCUAAGGUUGGGAAGACAUCUUUGAUUAUGUCUCUGGUCAGUGAAGAGUUUCCUGAAGAGGUUCCUCUACGAGCAGAAGAAAUCACUAUCCCCGCAGAUGUAACUCCAGAGAAGGUCCCCACACACAUAGUAGACUAUUCAGAAGCAGAGCAGACAGAGGAACAACUUCACAAUGAAAUUUCCAAGGCUAACGUGAUCUGUAUAGUGUAUGCUGUCAACAACAGAAAUUCCAUUGACAAGGUAACAAGUAGAUGGAUUCCUCUAAUAAAUGACAGGACUGAUAAGGAUAGCAGAAUGCCCCUCAUACUGGUUGGAAACAAAUCUGAUCUGGUUGAACAUAGUAGCAUGGAAGCUAUUCUCCCCAUAAUGAACCAGUACACAGAGAUAGAGACCUGUGUUGAGUGUUCAGCAAAAAACUUGAAGAAUAUCUCUGAGUUGUUUUACUAUGCACAGAAAGCUGUUCUGCACCCUACGGGUCCGCUUUACUGCCCAGAAGAGAAAGAGAUGAAACCUGCCUGCAUCAAAGCCCUAACACGCAUUUUUAAGAUAUCAGACCAGGAUAAUGAUGGGAUUCUCAAUGAUGCAGAACUCAACUUUUUCCAGAGAACCUGUUUUAACACUCCAUUGGCACCUCAAGCUUUGGAAGAUGUGAAGAACGUAGUGCGGAAAAACAUGAGCAAUGGUGUUGCUGAUAAUGGAUUGACGUUGGAAGGUUUUUUAUUUUUGCAUACACUAUUUAUACAAAGAGGGAGACAUGAAACCACUUGGACUGUUCUGCGCCGGUUUGGAUAUGACGAUGACCUGGAACUUACACAUGAAUAUCUAUUUCCAAUAUUAAAAGUUCCUUCGGACUGCACAACUGAACUAAAUCACCAUGCAUAUCUUUUCCUACAAAGCAUUUUUGACAAACAUGAUUUGGAUCGGGACUGUGCAUUGUCUCCUGAUGAACUAAAAGAUCUUUUCAAAGUGUUUCCCUAUAUGCCUUGGGGUCCUGAUGUCAAUAACACUGUUUGUACCAAUGACAGGGGAUGGGUCACCUAUCAAGGUUAUAUUUGUCAGUGGACGCUGACUACAUACCUCGAUGUCCAGCGAUGUUUAGAAUAUUUAGGUUACCUAGGAUACUCCAUCCUAAGGGAGCAGGAAUCUCAGGCAGCAGCUAUCACAGUAACUAGAGAUAAAAAACUGGAUCUGCAGAAAAAGCAAACACAAAGAAAUGUGUUUCAGUGCAACAUUAUAGGCAUGAAAAACUGCGGCAAGACUGGAAUUCUGCAAGGUUUUCUGGGCCGAAACUUAGCAAAACAAAGACAAAUAAAAGAAGAACACAAGUCACUUUACGCCAUAAACACAACUUAUGUAUAUGGGCAAGAAAAGUAUUUACUGCUACAUGAGGUUUUGUCUGAUUCUGAGUUUAUUUCUGCCUCUGAUACCACUUGUGAUGUUGUUUGCCUUGUGUAUGAUGUCAGCAAUCCCAAAUCAUUUGAGUAUUGUACAAGGAUCUUUAAGCAACACUUCAUUGACAGCAAAACACCAUGUAUUAUCGUAGCUGCAAAGUCAGACCUGCAUGAAGCUAAACAGGGCCACAACGUUUCUCCCACUGAGUUCUGCAAUAAACACAAAAUGCCACCACCACAAAGUUAUACCUGCAAUACUGUUGGCCCACCAAGCAAAGACUUCUUUGUCAAAGUGACUACCAUAGCUAUGUAUCCCCAUGCCCGAUUACGCUGUUUAUGCACCUGCAACAGGUGUACAUUUUGCAUCUGUCAGAACUUCCUCAACUCAGACUUGCUGCAAUCUGUAAAGACCAAAUUCUACACUACAGUUCUUAACAGGUUAAAAGACCGAGUAGACGAGGUGGGUGCUUUGCUGUUGGCGAAUGAUGAAGGCAGUCUCGUUCACCAAGUACACGCCGUGAGCUUUGUUGAAGAUUCUAUCUUCAUGGGUUCUUCUGGUGCCCGCAGUUUACAGCCUGAAGACAGACACACAACACAGGCCGACCUGAAGACUUCAACCUUCUGGCUUCGAGCAAGCCUCGGGGCCACGGUGUUUGCUGUCCUGGGAUUUGCUGUGUACAAAGCAUUACUGAAACAACGGUGAUCAGAAGGGGAGUGCAUCAUCCGGUCACCAUUUCAGUUUUAUAAACAGUUUCAAGAGGCUGCAAUGAAUAUUCUGAGUGUUUUUAUUUUAAUAUGCAAGCAUUUCUUUAAAGGUAGGGGUGCAAGAGAACAAAAUACGCAGGGUCAAGCUGGCCAGUAGCUACGUGAUAUCUGAAAGAACGAUUCAGACUUGUGCUGACUCUUCGGCCAUUUCAGACCCUGUUUUGCCGUGUGCAACAAAUAAUAACUCUAGGGUACCUGUCAUGCAAGAGUACUUCAAAACCGCCAGUAUCGGGUACCCAGAAGGGAUAUAAUUGUGUAAAUACUGUAAAUAACUACACAAUCCACAAAUGGCAUUGCUUCCCUAGGAUGCCCUCUACAUUUAGCCUUCCCUAGCCCCAUAGUGCAACAAGUUGAAUGUUACAGAGUGGUUGUUUCAUGUGGAUAUUUAGAACUUGAGCCACCAGUCAGCCUUGCCUGGUGGUUAAAACAAUGAGGGAGUUUUAUUUAUUCUUUACUUAAUAUUUUAAUUCCAAGGAAGCACGUCUGCACAGAGUAGAGUCACCAAGAGAUAUAUUUCUCAGGGUAUCAGCUUACAAGGAAUAGCAACCAUUGUGUUUUUUUUCUUUGAGUAAAGCUGACUUUGGUAUCCCUUAUGUACCCAGUAAGUUAGUUUUGUAUCAGAGGCAACAGGCAUUGUAUUAUUUCUGUCUCUUCCCGGUACUCCCCACCUCGCACCCCACCAUCCCUCAGUCACUCAGACUAUUCUGUAUCGUUCUUUAAGGCAGGUGGAAAAAGAACAAAGGUGGUCUUGCACUUGAAAGAACAUAGGCCUUGCAGGUCCCAUGAUAACACUCAAGUAAAUAAAGGAAGAGACUUCCUACUUCUCUGAUCUGUGCUGUGUUGCAAUGCAAAGGCAGUGCAGUUAUUGCUUUGUUAGUGUGUAGUAGUUGCAUGUUCCACACUCUCUUUUACAGUUAACUCUAAAGUAUCACACAGCAACUUUUCUGUUACAAUGAAUUUCCGUUCUUCCUGUAUAUUAAACCAAUAACUGUUGCACCACAUUGUUUUUCAUCCUUGACUUUUUCAAACAAUUUCAAUAAAUAUCAACGUGCUAUAUCGUA